UCCGCCAAUCAGCGUUGUCGCGUCAUGCGGAAGUGCAAUGGCGGCGAAUGGAGCGAUUUACGAGUCCUGCAAGGAUAAUAAACAUAAAGCAAGCACCGCAGAAAUGAGUCCUGAUGGGUUGAUUAGACAUUCUUUCCAAGAGUGUUUCUCUUCCUUAAUCGAUUCGAUCACAGAAUUUAGCUCUGAGCUAAAAAUAAACCCUGAGGUUUUAAGCAUCACUGCCAGCUUGAGUGCUCUUAACUUCCCUGAACUACAACCAUCGCAUGUGUACGAAUGUUUACAGCAGCACAUCUCCAAGUUGCAGUCUGUAUCGGCACAUCUGAAACAAAUAUUGGAUGCUAAGAGCCCAACUAAUUCAACCAAUAAUGAAAAAACAGAGAAAGCCAAGAAUGAGUCGGCAGCAACAUCUGAAGAAGAGAUAGUGGUAGACAGAGAGCUCUUUCCUUCUACAUCACACCAGCAUACUGCUUCGAAAGACAGUGUGAUGUCCCAACAUGAUGACCGCAGUAUUCAGAUCAAAGCUGGCAAAGCUGAGAUUGAACGUAGGAUCUCUGCAUUUAUAGAGCGCAAACAGCUGGAGAUCAAUGAAAACAAUGUGCGGGAGUUUUGCAAUGUGAUCAACUGCAAUCAGGAAAACAGUUGUGCCAGAACUGAUGCAGUCUUCACACCCUAUCCAGGUUUCAAGAGUCAUGUCAAAGUGACCCGAGUGGUGAAUACAUAUGGGCCCCAAACACGUGGUGGGCGCUCUGAGCAGGGAGAGCAGCAGCAAGGCUCGUACAGCAGAGACUGUGGAAACCCUGUCAUCGAGGAGCGGCUACACAACAUAGAAGCUCACCUGAAGCUAACAGCAGCAGGUCCUGUGCCUCAGAGCAUUUACCAGCGGUUGAAGAAGUUAGAGGAUCGAAUCUUGGAGCUUGAGGGUCUUUCCCCGGAGUACUUCCACUCCACGAGUUACUCGCACAAACGUCCAAAAUUCUCAGUUUCUCAGAGCUACAGCCUGUCUGAGUUGGAUGGGAAGAUCAGCGCAGUUAGAACUGCUUUACUGAAAAGAGCAAAUGAGUUCCAAUCCAGGGAUGUGAGGGAGUUUCCAUUCUGACAAACACACAGUUGUUCAACAGUGUACCUCCACUCUGAGAUUUAUCUAGGGGUUUUUUUUGUACACUUCUCAUGAAUUUAAAAUGAAUUGUUUUCACUUACUACGCAUCUGAUUUGUGAGUUUAGAAGACCUGUACAUGCUGUCAUGUUCAUUUUUGUAAAUAUAUUUGUUUUCUGCUAAAA